AUGGCAGCCAUCCGCAUCGCACUCAUCGGCCUAUCCGCCAGCGCGAAAACAUCAUGGGCCGCGGAAGCUCACCUCCCGUACCUCCUCUCCCCACGCGGCCAGCGGCACUACGCCGUCGUCGCGCUUCUCAACUCCAGCGUGAACGCAGCCAUAGCAGCCCGCUCGCAUUUCUGCCUGCCCGAUAGUGUCAAAACGUACGGCGACCCCGAGCUCCUCGCGCAGGAUCCUGAUGUCGACCUCGUGGUCUGCUGCACGCGCGUCGACACGCACUCAUCCCUCAUAACGCCCUCCGUUAGAGCGGGCAAGGCGGUCUACGUCGAGUGGCCUCUGGCUGAGAAUCUACGCGGCGCCGAGGAGCUUGCUGCGUUGGCUGCGGAGGGCGGGGGAGGCACGAUCGUCGGGCUCCAGGGGCGCGUUGCCAAGGUCGUGCUGAAGAUCAAGGAGGUCGUGGAGUCUGGGAGGAUAGGGAGGGUGUUGGGAAGCGACGUUGAGGCGUAUGGGAAUCUGUUGGAGCGGGACGAACUCCCCGCGAGCUUGGCAUAUUUCGCGGAGCGGAGGGUGGGCGGGAAUCCGGUCACAAUCGCGUUCGCGCACAUGGUUGACUAUGUGCACCACGUUCUUGGGGAGUUUGAGGAGGGCUGGAAGAGUCGGAUGCAGAUCCAGCGAGCUCAUUUGAAGCUUAUCGGGGAUGAAGAGGAGGGGAUGCAUUAG